AUGGGGUAUGACGCGGUGCUCGUCGACACGGCCGGCCGGAUGCAGGACAACGAGCCGCUCAUGCGCGCGCUCGCCAAGCUGGUGCAUGUCAACUCGCCCGACCUCGUCCUCUUCGUCGGCGAGGCGCUGGCCGGCAACGACGCCGUGACCGGCUUCAACGCGUCGCUCGCCCAGUACGCGGGCGGCAAGGCGCCGCGGCUGAUCGACGGUGUCAUCCUCACCAAGUUUGACACGAUCAACGACAAGGUGGGCGCCGCCCUCAACCUCGUCUACACGACGGGCAAGCCCGUCGUUUUCGUCGGCGUCGGGCAGACGUACGAGGACAUCCGCAACCUCAACGUCGAGCACGUGGUGCGUGCACUCACCGGCUGA